CGCAUCUUAUCAAGAAAAAGAAAAUCAAGCUUUCCAGAUUUAUCAAGCAAGGACUGAAGUCUGGUGAUCGUGGCAGGACGAUACAUCUAUCAAGAUCUUAUCAAGAGAACCAAGCAUGGACGAGAACUGGUUCGGGUGGGCACCCGAUUCAAGCGCUGAAAACUACGACAAUGGCGCGGGCGGUAGCAGACCAACAUCUCCCAAUCGAAUGAAACUGAAAUCGAAGAGUAAGAUUUCGAAAAAGAUGCUAAUGGAGCAAAUGGUAGCACUCAAAAACGAGUUGGAUUUAGUUAGAAAAGAAAAAGACCAAUUACUGCUUAACAAAGAAAACGCAGGAAAUAAUCAAACAAGACAAAUGGAUACGUGUCAACAACAGGCAUCUGGCAACGAGUCCCUGUUAGCCACCAUGAACCACAUGUCACUCGGAUCGUUAAAUAUCCCGGAAUGCAGCCCAUCUGAAGGAGAAAUCGAUAUUGACGAGAAGGCAUAA